GAUUAAAAUUGAAUGCGAAAAUACCAUCAUUUUCCCUGUGUAGGUAUAGAAAAACAGAGAGAGACAAAAAGAGAGAGGUUUUGAUCAUCAAAUCCAAAGUGGUGGUGUUGUUGUUGUUUGAUCGAAAAUAGUUUGACAAUGUCUUUCUCAUUCUUCAAGGCUUCAAGGCCUAAAACUCCAUCAGAACUCGCUAAAGCUGUCAAAGACAGUUUUAAUGCCCUUGAUUCCAUUACUGUUGCUGAAGUUAAAGCUCUCGAAAAGGCUAUGGAAGAAGUUGAGAAAAAUAUAGUGGCAAUGAAAGUUAUGCUCGCUGGAGAUGGAGAAGUUGAGCCUAACCCAGAUCAAGUUUCACAACUAACACUUGAAGUUUGUAAUGAAGAUGUUAUUGCGCUCUUCAUUCACAAAUUACCUAUAUUGGGAUGGGAAGCUAGAAAAAAUUUGGUCCAUUGUUGGUCAAUUAUGUUGAAGCAAAAAGUUGACUCCACAUUUUGUUGCGUGCAAUACAUGGAAAAACAUUUGGAAUUGCUGGACUUCCUAGUUGUUUGGUAAGCAAGUCUAAUUUUUUGUGCAUGCACAUCUGAAUAGGGUGGAACCGCCAUCAUUUGAAGAUAAUUGAAAUUAUUUUUAGAACUAUUCCUCUAGGCUCUAGUUGUAAAGGUGACUUUGUAGAAUGUGUUCCCAUUUUGGUAACCCGCUGGCUGGCUGGUGUUGAAAG